AUGCCAAUCUGCAUCGAAUGCAGACAUCCUGUCAAGACGCUCUGGACAGCAUAUUCUGGCGCAGGAGACAAGGCCAGCGGACACAAUAUCCGACUCACUGUGUGUCGCAACUGUGGCCGCUUCUGCGACAAGUAUGUCGAACAUGACUUUGUCGUCUAUCGACAUUUACUAUACAAUACCUUGAUGCGGGAUGAUGAUCGCCUAGAUCCUUCCGUUAUCCGUCUAGGCACUCUUCUCCUUCUCUUUGAUGUGUACCUGACGUGGGCACGAUUGGAGAAGCAGAUGGUGCCUGCUGCCAUCCCAGGCGCAAGCAACUUGGGUAAACUUUCACAACAACCGAUUGUGUUUCAAUAUCUCUUCUUCCUCAUCUUUUGCGCGCUCUCGACAGCAGCUUUCCAUGUGAGCAUACGCUUCCUCACAUCGUCCGCUUUCUCCCCCCUCAACCUUCUUGGCAUUCUUCCUCAGUACACAAGGCCCAAUUCAGUGUCUACAGCUCUCCUAGUAUCAUCCUCCACGAAGCUAUUCCCCAUCCUGAUGGUGAUAUGGGAUUAUGACGUUCCCGCCUCAGCUCGAUCACUUGGCUGGGCUGUCGUGGCCAACAAUGUCGAGGCGCUACGCAUUCUUCUUGAUUGCAACUAUGCCAUAGCAUGUCUACUCGCUAUCGCAGGGGCGGCUUCACGCUGGGUGGUCGGCCGGGCUGUUUUGCUCGCUGCUGGCCUUGCCGACGUUGACUCGAUAGGUGAAAGUGGCGUGGCAGCAGACGGCAAAGCUCUAUGGGCGUUAUUGAUGUAUGCGAAGGAAUGGGCAGGCCGUCUUGCUGUCGGGUAG